AUGACGGCCGGCGACAACACGGCUCCCGGAGCUUCAGAAGGAGCUCCGAUGCCGUCCAGUCCUUCCGAGUCUUCCUCACCGUAUCCUUUCAAUGCUACGCCAGCAGCCUCGGACCCGGACACUGCUGCGCUGCGCAAAAUGGAGGGCGAGUCACAGGUCCAGCGGGACAAGCGCGUCAAGGAGCUCUGGCAGCGUCUUGAUCCCCAGGACGACCGCGAGCUGGACCUCAAGGGCCUUAAGAAGGGCUUGCGGCGGAUCGACCAUCCUAUGAAAAAUGCCGACGAUAUGUUGCGGGAGAUCAUCGACAUUGUUGACGUCAACGGAGACGGAAAGAUCCAAUAUGAAGAAUUCCGUGUCUUUGUUGAGGCCGCCGAGCGCCAGCUUCUGUUGCUCUUCCGCUCCAUCGAUCGCAACCACGACGGCCGGCUCAACAGGGCGGAACUGCGUGCGGCGUUCCAAAAGACGGGCCUGGCCGUGCCGAUGCGCCGGCUUGACGGCUUUUUCGACGAGAUCGACAUGAACCACGACGGCUACAUUACGUUUGACGAGUGGCGCGACUUUCUCCUCUUUAUCCCCACCAAGGGCAGCGACUCCCCGCUGGAGACUGCUUGGUCGUACUAUGCGUCCACUGUGAUCCUCAACGCCGAAGGCGACUCUAUGGUCAGCGACGAGACGCUUGAGGGCUUAGGUACGACUGGCUAUCUCCUCCAAGCCCUGUUUGGUUCCAUUAUGAAGCUUGCGAAGCCGAGCGUGGCAGUCUCCUCUCGUGUUGGUGAGAAAGAGGAGGAGCUGCAACAGACACCCGACGUCCAGAUCGCCUCCCCGGACCAAGAACUGGAGAUGCACCAACAACCCCCACAACCAGUGCAGCAAAUACGAAAACGAAGACGCAUACGGCCGCCAGAAACCGCUGCCGAUUCCGACUCAAUAGCGCCCGCCCCGUCCUCCUCCUCUCCCACACCGCCAUCUCCUCCGCCGCCGCCAUUGCCGCCAGAUUCCAAAGAGGGGACGGUACUAGUAGUGUCGUCCAAAGCGCUGCCGCACGAGUCGGAGACAGGAGCCAGCGCGCCCAUGUCGUCCGCAGCUGCAAGUGUAUCGCCGCCGUCUGGGACCCGUGCCGAGGCGUCAAAAUCUUUGACGGACUCGAAAACGGCGGCUGCGAACGCAAUGAUUGACGAGCGAGAGACAGUGGCGGCGGGGGGCCGCGGCCACGAGUACGAAGACUUUGAGGACCUGGGCGACGUCGACGAACUAGACGAAGUGCUCGACAGCGGCAAGGCAACCGGAUCCGGCACCAAGCUUCAGAGGGCCCAAAGAGUGGCGGGCACCACGCGGACGAAGAAAAAGUUCAAGUACAAGCAACUGACGCAAUACCUGCCCCAUCCAGGCUACUUCUUGGCGGGCGCGCUCGCUGGCGGUAUUUCACGCACGGCGACGGCGCCCCUUGACCGCCUCAAAGUGUACUUGCUCGUGAACACACGCGGCGGUAGCAGCGGCACCAAGGCCGCGGCAUCGGCGGUCGCGAGCGGUGCGGCGACCGGCGAACCAGCAACGGCCAAUCUCCGCAAGACUGGCCGGCCGAUCCGCGACGCCAUUGUGAACCUGUACCGGGCUGGCGGUGUGCGGACCUUUUUCGCAGGCAACGGUCUCAAUGUCGUCAAAAUUAUGCCGGAGACGGCAAUUAAAUUCGGCUCCUAUGAAGCCGCCAAGCGUACACUGGCUGCCAUUGAGGGCCACGGCGACCCCUUGCAUAUUAACUCGGCGUCCAAGUUUGUGGCGGGUGGUGUGGCGGGUAUGAUUGCCCAGUUCUGUGUGUACCCGCUCGACACGCUCAAGUUUCGACUGCAGUGUGAGACCGUGCAAGGCGGCCCUACCGGAAACGCACUGCUGAUGCAGACCGCGCGCCGCAUGUACGAGACGGGUGGCGUGCGCGCAGCGUACCGUGGCGUGACCAUGGGCCUGGUUGGCAUGUUUCCCUACAGCGCCAUCGACAUGGGCACCUUUGAGCUGCUCAAGAGCACGUUUACGCGGUACAAGGCGCGGUACUACGGGAUCCACGAAGAGGACGCGGCGCCCGGCAAUGUGGUCACAGGCAUCAUUGGUGCGACCUCGGGCGCGUUUGGUGCGACGGUGGUGUACCCGCUCAACGUGCUGCGGACGCGGCUGCAGACACAGGGCACGGUGAUGCACCCGCCGACGUACACGGGCAUCUGGGACGUGGCGGCGCGGACGCUGGCCAAUGAGGGCGUGCGCGGCCUGUACAAGGGCCUCACGCCGAACCUGCUCAAGGUGGCACCGGCGCUGAGCAUUACGUGGGUGGUGUACGAAAACUCGAAAAAGGCACUGGGUCUGCCGUAG